AUGGUGGACAACGACAACGGUAGCGUGACGAUGUGCCAGCGACGCUACGUGGAAGAUGUCCUCAAGCGUUUUGGCAUGAGCGACUGCAAAGCCGUCAUCAGCCCAACAGACAUCAGUUCUCGAUUCAUACCAAGCACCGCAGCAACCAAAAUCGACGCCCCGUUUCGUGAAGCAGUAGGUGCUUUGAUGCACUUGAUGACCGCGACACGACCGGACAUUGCCUGUGCUGUGAGUCACGUUUCGCGCUUCAUGGAAAAACCCCAAGUCGAGCAUUGGAUGGCGGUCAAGCGCAUUCUGCGAUACUUGCAAGAGACUAAGUCGCACGGCAUCUGCUUAAAGUCUGAUGACAAGACAGACUUAUGCGGCUACUCGGAUGCAGACUGGGCCGGCGAUCAUGCAGACCGCAAGUCGACUUCGGGAUAUGCGUUCAUCCUGAUGAGUGCUCCGGUGAUCUGGGGAAGCAAAAACUAG